GAAGGAGCAAUGAUUAACGCACCGCACACUGCCCAUCAGCAUUGCUCGCUCAAACAUUAAGUAUCUUUUUUCUAGCUUCCAUUGUAUAUCUCGUCUGUGCUGCCUGAACACCAAAUAAAGCUCAUACGCCGAAAGUGGCUUCGCGCCCCCCACAAGAAGAUCGAAAAACUAACAAACAAUUACAGUUACAACACCCAAUCGACGGCACUAGCGCCGUCACGUCUCUGUCAUGUCCUUUAGCCCUGUUGUGAAAAGUAAACGAAGCUGUCCCACGGUUCAGUGGGACUCCAUCCGCCUGCCGGCGCAGCUGGAGGCGCUGCUGGCCGCCAGCAAACAGCACAGGCUUAACGGCACCAUUUCCGUCUUUGAAGGCUUCGGCUCUUUCCACUCCGAAAAUGUCGAGGACUUAAUAGCAAUGGACGAGGCGACCUACAAGCCUCCACCCAACCUCCCCGCCUUUGCCAAGCGCAUUCUCUCCCAGCACGAAAUCGCCACUGUCGUGGGCGAUGAAGAAGACCCGGCGGGAACCGACACACUAUCUUUAGUCCCUCUCGCGGGACGCAAGAGAAAUCGCUCGGAGGCCGCCCAGCGCGCGUGUGGCGCCGUCUCCUCCGCAGGACUCUCCGAUACCACGGGAGAGACACUGGGCAAGGACGAAGACGCUCUCUCUGGGGCUGGCUACUCCGACAGCGAUGACAACACGCAUACCGGCAGCGACGUGGGCAGCGUCGACGACGUGAAGAACCGUGCGUCGCUGCCAGUGGUGGGUGGGUGGACGUCCGCGGCGGAGCGCACGAUGAACAACCUGCUUUGUCGGCCGAUGGCUCUCUGCGAGAUGGGACGCGCGUUCCGCGAGCAGUACUUCUCUAUUACACCCAACAUGGUCUUCAUCAACCACGGCGCCUUUGGCAGCUCGCUGACCGGUGCCAUGCUGAUUAAGCGGAUGUACGAGGAGCAGAUGGAGAAGGAGGUGGUCGAGUUUGUGGACCGCGAGCUGCUGCCGCUCAUCGUCUACAGCAUCCGCUCCCUCAGCCGCUUCUUGCACGCCGACCCGCGGCAGGUGGUGUUACUGCAGAACGCGACGUUUGCGCUGAACAGUGCGAUGCGGAUGAUCGAGAAGGACGAUGUCGUGGCCUUCCUGGACACGGAGUACCUCUCUGUCUACAAGAUGAUGUGGUUCCGCUGCGAGGAGGUCGGCGCGACACUGCACGAAAUCGCCCUCAACAAGUUUCUGCACGACGACGCCGUCAUGGGCGACGACGCGGCGCUGACAGAGGAGUUGUGCCUCCAGCUCCCCCCGGGCUGCACGACGGUGGUGCUCGACUACGUCACCUCUACCAGCGCCCUCUGCUUCCCCGUCUUCACGCACAUCGUACCGGCGCUGCGGGCGCGCGGCGUGACGAAGAUCAUCAUCGACGGCGCCCACGUCCCGCUGCAGAUCGAUCUGAAUUUCAACGCCCUCCCCGCCAACGCUCAGCCCACCGUCUUCGUGGGCAAUUUGCACAAGUGGUUCUCCUCGCCCAAGUCGGCCGGCUUCUUCUGGGUGCGGGCCGAAGACAUGGACAGCAUGCACAGCGUGGUGCUGUCGCACGGUGCGGGCGAGGGCCUGCUGUCAGAGUUCAUCUGGGACGGCACCCGCGACUACGGCGCCUACCUUUCGAUUCCUGCCGUUGUGGACUUCUGGGAGACGCAGGGCUACGACCGGGUGCGGGAGUACUGCGCGCACUUGCUCUCCUCGGCUGCCGACAUGCUGACUAGAGCUUUCCACUCUCGCCCGGUUGCGCGUCACUCCCCGUUCAUGUCGCUGGUCGAGCUUCCGGUGGCGCUGCAGGACGAGUUGAUCACCACAAAGUUCAUCCAGGACAGCCUGCACGACAUCUUCCAGGUCGAGGUGCCCGUGAAGCGGAUUGAGGGUCGCCAGUACUUACGCAUCAGCGCGUUUGUGUACAACACGCCGGAGGAGUACGUGUACCUGCGUGAGGCGAUUCUGUCGAUUGCGGAGAAGUGGAUCGCGUCGCCGGAGCGGGCGCAGCUGCAGGCGCAGCGCGAUGCGGAGAGGGCCAAGGCGGGUCAGGUGACCGGCGUGGCCGCUGUCGUUCCGUGCAGUGAAAAGAUUCGGCGUCAGGGUGGCUGUGGCGUGUCGGGGCUGGAUCCGUCUUUGAAACGCAAGAAGACCACCAAGUUUGCCUAA